AUGGCGAAAUUCUCCAAAUUCUUUUCAUCUGAGAAAGAUUCUGAGAUCGUUGAAACUAACCAAUUCUCCGAUGAUUUCGAGUCUGGCUCCCAAGCGGUGCCCAUUUUGACCACCGAAAAAUCAAGAGAUUUUGACCCUAUUACCUCCAAUUUGGAAAAAGAGUUCAUUGCCGACGAGUAUGCAGGUGUUCACGUAGAAGAUGAUUCUCCAUACGCUGAAGUUAGAGCGGCUGUGCCCUCCACUGAUGAUACUCUGAUGCCCCAAAAUACCAUCCGGAUGUGGACUUUAGGGUUCAUUUUGUCCACUAUCGGAUCUGCUAUCAACUUGUUAUUCUCGAUGCAUUCACCUUCCAUUUCCAUCACCACAUUUGUUACCUCCAUUUUGGCGUGGCCUGCUGGUUACCUCUGGGGCCGGUUUCUACCCAACGUUAAUAUCUUUGGAAUGCCCUUAAACCCUGGACCUUUCAAUCUUAAAGAACAUACUUUGAUUGUCAUUAUGGCAAAUGUGUCUUUUGGAGGUGGUGCUGCUUAUGCCACCGACAUUUUGCUUGCUCAAAACCAAUUCUACAGUCAGGAUUUUGGCUGGGGAUUUGACCUUUUGGCCAUUUGGUCCACCCAGUGUAUUGGGUUUGCCAUGGGAGGGUUGGCUAGAAGAGUGUUGGUACACCCGGCCUCGAUGAUCUGGCCCUCCAACUUGGUUUCGGCCACCUUUUUGACCAACAUGCAUAUCAACGCAAACUAUCCUGCUAACGGCUGGAAAAUCAGUAGAUUGGCGUUCUUUGGAACCGUGUUCGCCUGUUCGUUCUUCUGGUACUUCAUCCCCGGUUACAUUUUCCCAGCCUUGUCAUACUUUGCUUUCCCUACGUGGAUCAAGCCAGACAAUGUGAUUGUCAAUCAGGUGUUUGGAACAUCCACCGGUUUGGGAUUAAUUCCAAUCACUUUUGACUGGAACCAGGUAUCUGCUUACAUCGGGUCUCCUUUGAUUCCUCCAGUAGGAACAAUUCUUACCAUUUUCUCUUCGAUCGUGGUGAUCUUCUGGAUUGUGGUCCCGGCCAUUCACUACUCCAAUGUCUGGUACGCCCAGUACUUGCCAAUUUCUUCAUCUAGCUCUUACGACAACACUGGUGUUUCUUAUAAUGUGAGCAGAAUUAUUGAUACCGACACCUUGACGUUCUUGCCCGACAAAUACAAGGAAUACUCGCCUUUGUUUUUGUCCACAACCUUUGCCAUCUCGUACGGGUUGUCAUUUGCAGCAAUGCUUGCUACCUUGGUUCACACGGCUUUGUUUCACGGAAAGGAUAUCAUCAACCAGCUUAAGCAGAAGGAAAAGCCCGAUGUUCAUAUGAGAUUAAUGAAGAAUUAUCGGGAAGUCCCUGACUGGUGGUUCGGAAUCGUGUUUCUUAUCUUUUUUGGUCUUUCCAUUGCCACCAUCAGAGCCUGGAACACUGAAAUGCCUGUCUGGGCCUUGGUAGUAGCUUUGCUUAUUGCCCUUUUGUUUUUACUUCCAGUGGGUAUCAUCUUCGCCUUGACCAACAUUGCCGUUGGUCUUAACGUCGUGACUGAGUUUAUUAUUGGUUACAUGAUCCCCGGUAAGCCAUUGGCCAUGAUGUUCUUUAAGACCUUUGGUUACAUCACCAACAACCAGGCGGUUACUUUUGCUCAGGACAUGAAGUUGGCCCAUUACAUGAAGUUGGCUCCAAGAUUGGUGUUUUCCGUGCAAUUUUUCGGUGUGAUUUGGGGUUCUUUGGUACAGAUUUCUGUGUUGAGAUGGGCUUAUGGGUCCAUCACCGACUUGUGUACACCCACCCAGGCUAGUUCCUAUACCUGUCCAAACGGUAGAGUGUUUUUCAAUGCUUCUAUAAUCUGGGGUGCCAUUGGUCCACAACGGGUAUUUUCCCACGGAAGCGUCUACUAUGGGCUUUUGUUCUUCUUCAUUAUUGGUCUCGUUGCCCCAAUUAUUUCCUGGUUGAUCUUAAAGAAGUGGCCAAACUCACCCGUCAGAUGGCUUAACUGGCCCGUGUUCUUCUCGGGUACUGGUUACAUUCCUCCAGCAACUCCAUACAACUAUUCCACUUACUGUAUGGUUGGUAUCUUUUUUGGAUGGUACAUCAAGCGUAAGUACACUCACUGGUGGGCUAAGUACAACUAUUCGUUGUCGGCCGGCUUGGACAUUGGAUUGGCUUGGUCGUUAUUGAUGGUUUUCUUCACCUUGAGUUUGACCACCACCAACUUCCCCAACUGGUGGGGAACCACUGUCAUUAAUACUCCGGAUUACGAAGGAACUGCUGUUAGACAUCCUUUGGCUGCAGGAGAAACCUUUGGUCCUCUGACUUGGUAG